CCCUCUCCACUCCGCUCGGGCAGGCGCCGUUUCCGGAGGCUUCUAAACCCUUCUUCUCCCCCGACCCCUCCACGCCGCCGCCGCCGCCGCUUCCGCUUGCCGGAGGCCAUCGCCAUGUCGCGGGCGGCCGCUGCAACCGACGGCCGCAUCCGGAGAUACGAGGACUUUGCGCGGGUGCACGCGUACCUGCUGGCCGCGGCCGGCAUCCCGCCGUCGCUGCACGAGCGGCUGUACCGCAAGCUCGCGGACGAGGUCUUCGACGGCGGGGAGGUCUUCGCCGUCGAUCCCUGCGAGGGAGGGAGGCAGAGGCGCCUCGUGCUCGCCUCCGAGGAACCGCUUGGGAAGGAGUCCGAUGUCUUCCUCGUCGACCACGCGUGGUCCUUCCGCCUCGCCGAUGCGCUCAAGCAGUUGCGGGAAGUACCAGGAUUGGCUGAAAGGAUGGCGGCAUUGAUGUGUGUGGAUUUGGACCGGAACAUCGAAACUGAAGAGUCAGAUGAGCAGGACGGUGAGAAGAGUGGGAGCUUGGAACAUGUCUUACAAGUAGUGGAGACAGAAAUGGCUAGAGUACAGGAAAGGGGAACUGAUUCUGCAGCAUGGCUGGAACUUGAGGAACUUGGAAUUGACGAUGACAUGCUAGUAACCUUGGAUCUAUCUGCGAAAUUUCCGAAUCUGGUAGCUCUCAACCUUUGGGGAAACAGGCUGCAGGAUACAGAGAAAGUCAUGCAAGAAAUCAGGAAGUGUCCAAAGCUAAAGGCACUUUGGUUGAAUGAAACUCCUGUUCUUGGCAAAGGUAUUGACAAAUCGGUUCUAGAUAGUCUCUCUGGAUUGGAAAUAUACAAUUCACGUUUUACGAGUAAAGCUGGAGAGUGGGCAUUAAGUUUCUGUGCUGACAUUGUUGGAGCAGAUAAUCCCUGUUCCUUUGUGGAAAGCACAUUGUUGGAUAGUAUUGCCACUAUCGAUCUUUCCGAUAGGUGCAUUCACAAGCUACCAGAGGCUUUCUCUCCUAGUAAAUUGCCAUCUCUGUCAAAAUUGAACAUUCGUGGUAAUCCUCUGGAUCAAAUUUCUGCUGACGAUCUCCUUAAGCUACUUAGUGGAUUUACUCAGUUACAAGAGUUGGAGGUUGACAUUCCUGGUCCUCUGGGAAACAGUGCAAUUUCCAUUAUUGAGUCUCUUCCUAAUUUAUCGUUUCUAAAUGGUGUGAAUUCUUCAAGUAUAAUAGAGAGUGGGAAGCAUAUAGUUGACUCUGCACUUCAACCGCGGCUUCCAGAAUGGUCACCAGAAGAAUCCCUCACUGAAAGAGUUAUUGGUGCAAUGUGGUUGUAUCUUAUGACAUACCGGCUUGCUGAUGAAGAAAAGAUUGAUGAAACACCUGUCUGGUACGUCAUGGACGAGUUGGGCUCAGCCAUGCGCCACAGUGAUAUUCCAAACUUCAGAAUAGCUCCAUUCUUGUUCAUGCCAGAAGGGAAACUAGCCUCUGCUAUAAGUUACACAGUUCUGUGGCCCACCCAUGAUGUUCAUACUGGAGAAGAGUGUACCCGGGAUUUCUUGUUCGGUAUUGGCGAGGAGAAACAACGUUCAGCUAGGCUUACAGCUUGGUUUCACACACCAGAGAACUACUUUAUUCAGGAAUUCAGGAGGUACCAGGAACAACUACAAUCAAAUAGCAUUUGUUCUUCGACAAAAAUUAAAGAGGCACCCUCAACCAAAAGUGUACGUCCAAAUGAUGGCCAUGCACUACGAGUAUAUACUGACAUACCUCAUGUAGAGGAGUUUUUAACACGUCCAGAGUUUGUUUUCACAACUGAUCCAAAGGAGGCGGACAUCAUCUGGGUAAGUAUGCAAGUGGAUUCGGAAGUAAAGAAGGCAAUAGGGCUUACGGACAAACAAUACACAAAUCAAUUUCCUUUUGAAGCUUGGCUGGUCAUGAAGCACCACCUAGCGGAGACCAUCCACAAGGCAUGGGGCUCACCUGAAUGGCUUCAACCUACAUAUAACCUGGAGACCCAUCUGUCUCAACUGAUUGGUGACUAUUGCAUGAGGAAACAAGAUGGCCUGGACAACUUAUGGAUCAUGAAGCCUUGGAACAUGGCAAGAACUAUUGACACCACAGUUACUGGUGAUUUAUCUGCUAUCAUCAGACUUAUGGAGACAGGUCCCAAGAUAUGCCAAAAAUAUAUAGAACGCCCUGCCCUUUUCCAAGGAAGGAAGUUCGAUCUUCGGUACAUUAUUUUGGUCCGCAGUAUACGCCCUUUGGAGAUAUUUCUUUCUGAUGUUUUCUGGGUUAGGUUAGCAAACAAUCAGUACACUUUGGAAAAGACUAGCUUUUUCGAGUAUGAGACCCAUUUCACUGUGAUGAAUUAUAUUGGAAGGAUGAACCAUAUGAACACGCCAGAGUUUGUCAAGGAGUUUGAGAGGGAGCACCAAGUUAAAUGGCUGGAGAUCCAUGAAAGCAUACGUUCUAUGAUACGGUGUGUUUUUGAGUCGGCUGCUGCUGUUCAUCCUGAGAUGCAGAACCCUUUCUCCAGGGCCAUCUAUGGGGUAGACGUUAUGCUUGAUAGCAGAUUCAAGCCAAAGAUUUUAGAGGUGACUUACUGUCCAGACUGCGGGAGAGCGUGCAAGUAUGACACACAAGCUCUGGUAGUCACGUUGCCGUUGGCCAAGGUUACAGCGAUAAUCAUCAAGGAUCCUCUUAGCGGAACUGAAAAUUGACUCAGAGGCCACGGUUGAAAGUGGAACACUCAAUAUAUCACGAGCCAUCCGAGAAAUGAUUGGAUAUUUUGGGCCAUUAACCCUCCACCAGGCCAGAAUAUCAAAAGAAAUGUUGCCAAUUCCAGGAGAAGAUGGGUCUUCAAGAUAGAUCUCCAACUCUGAUUUACUAUGAAGACUUGAAUUGCUCUCAUAUAUAAACUUCUCUAGCCCCAGUCUAGUUGCAAACAGACUAGAUGAUUGUGUUGAUGAACUAGGUACUGCUGCCUCAAAAUUCCUUGAUGAGUUAGCAUCUGAUGAUGUUUGGGAGGGUUGACUUGCAUAUUCACUAAACAACUCAAGAAAUGAUUUUCUUGCGGAUUCAAUUCUUAGUUCAGCCACAAAUGGAUCAUAAAGCAAUUUAUAGUAGUACUCGAUGGAUUUCAUUUUGUAGCGAGGGUCAAGAAUUGUUGCAAUCUCUAAUAAUUUAUUUGCAAUGUCCCAAUAUUUUUCAAACUUAUCCACCAUCGGUACAGCCAUAGAUGCAACAAAUGCAUCAACACCGAACUGCCACUCACGGAGAAGAAGAUAAAUUCCACAGAAAUCAUUGAAGUACAAACUUAAAGUGGGAUAUUUUGUACCUGAAACUCUUUUUGUAACCUCAUAAAAGACCUUCAGGCAAUCUGCUACACAUUUAAUAUUCUGCCAGUCCUCCUUGGAAGGUAAGAACUUGUAUGAGCUAUCACAUUCAUGCAAUCUAUCAAAAGCAUCACGGAAUUUCAUUGCUCUUUCAAGCAUAAGAAAAGUAGAAUUCCAUCUAGUUGGGACAUCAGCUUUGAGAGAUAAAUUAGGAGCGUUGACUUGCUGUGCAAUAAGCUUGAAUUUUUCCUUUCUUGAUGUGGAUCCAUUCACAUACUUGACAGUUUCUCGGAUAUUCCCUAUUGCUGAAGAAAUGACACUCAAACCAUCUUGGACAAUUAAAUUCAGCACAUGAGCAGCACACCGAAUAUGAAAGAGAUUUCCAUCCAAGUGCAAGGCUUUCUUUGACAAGAGAAAUUUCUUCAACUCUCGGACCACAACAUUGUUCAUAGUGCAAUUGUCUAGUGUAAAGCAAAAUAUUUUUCUAUCUAAAUUCCAAGGAUAUAGCCUACUGAUGAUUUCUUUGGCAAUAUGCUCACCCGUGUGGGGUACCUCUACAUGUGCAAAUCCGACGAGCUUAUUGUGCAAAUUCCACUCAUCAUCAAUGUAGUGUGCUGUUAGACUCAUAUAGCCACUCAUUUCAGUGUGAGUCCACAUGUCAGAUGUUAAACUGAAGCGACAUGAUUGUUUCUCAAAGAGUUGGUACACUUUCAACUUCUCCUCCU